AUGAGGUCAGGUACCUUAGGUCCCCUCCCCUCCUUUGCUCGAUACCUCCAUCGCAUCAGCAACGAUUCGGACACGGCCUACGCAUCCUCGCCUCCACCCAUUCAUCUUCCUCGUCGCACUCGCGCAUCAGCUGCGGCAUUUGUUGCCCGCCUCGUCACGCCGACGGCCACAUUCACAGUUCUGGAAGUGCUCGUCGUUGAUGUGGGCGUAGUCGAUCGCGAGAUAGACGGACUCCUCCUUCCAAACUUCUUCCGCCCCGAUACGCAAUACUCUCCCAUGGUCCCACAACCAAGGUCGGGAUCAUUCUCUCCACAUCCUUCACAGACACUGCACACUGGAGUUUGGCACUCAACCUAUCCAUCACAAUCCGCUGGGUUGACUGCAGGCGCAAGUCCAAGUACGAGUAGUCCGACAGGGCCAAGUUCCCUGGUCAAAAUUGCUGUCGCCCAAGUAUAUCUCCUUCUCGGUGCUAUCAAGGAAGACAAGGACCGCGCCAAGUGGGAGACACAAGCAGAACAACUACAAAAGCUCAUCAAUGAACACGGAAUGGAGGUCUUUGCGAAGUAUUUUACGCGCCUUGUCGCUGCCCAUGCUGGCCAUAUCUUCCACGGACAUACACGGCCGGGAACCAAUGGCAAUUUUCACCUUCUCAUGAGCGAGAUGAAGAAGAUUUCCCACGACGCCAAUCAAGCCAACAAGAUUGCUGAGUCUAUCGAAACCGGCACAGAAGACUUGUUCCGUGACUUUGACAUGUCAACUUUCAUGGAAGCAUUCAAGUUGGAUGCUCUCGAAAAGACGAUAUUGGCGCUAGCCUUCAAGACAGGAUCAAGGUCCGACCUCAAGACCAAGGCCGAUGCCAUCUUAUCCACGAAUUUCCCGACCUUCGUGAACAUUCUUGCCCGGCGCGAACUAGAGGAGCACGCAGAUUUGACCGAUUCCUUCAUCGCUGUACUCGUCGAUCGCUUCAUUCAGUAUCAGCCACCAAACUUCAACGCCGCGUCCAAGUCCGAACUAGCCUACAAGGUCCAGGCAAGGUGGCACGGGGACCAGGCUCCGCCGCCCUCUGAAGUGCUUGCCGCGCUUGAUUUGGUUAGAGUGCUGGCCGACAAACCUCCAAAUGCUCUGGCAACAUACAUCCAAAGAACGGGCGGCGACUUUACUAGAGAUGAGGAGAGUUGCGUCUCAUACCUGCAAAGUCGGCCUCAGAAUGUUCAGCUCAGUGAAGAGCAGGUGUCAAUCGCCCUGACUUACAGCACUAUCAGCCAGACACCCCGUUAUGACCCGUCGAUUCUUGCGGCAGCCCUCCGUCGAGUUCUUCCUUCGUCAUUUAGGUGGCAAGACGUGGUUUCAUACUUCGAUCAGCGAUCCGCUCGAAUCUCCUCCCGGCAAUUUCUCCGUCUAUACAAUGCGUUGCUCCCGAUCGCUGAAGAUGAUCAAACAUUUGAUAUCCAGAAGCUAUGGGGUGGAAACUGGGAACAUCCAGAAACCCAACUGUCUUUCAUAUGCGCGUUCGCCUCACUUCAGCCGGAUCAGCUUGACGCCAGUACAAUCCCGGGUUUGAUUCCAACGCUGACACUGGAAACCUACGUGCAAUCUGCCCCAGAGGUUCAGCAACGCGCGGCGUUCGCGGCCAAGCACGCGUUGGUGUCUGUUGAGGCACUGUCGGCCGUGUUUCAUGUUGCCCUUCACUCAGUCCACGCGUCGCAAAGCGUCGAAGCCAAGCGCCUGUUCCAGGAAGUCGUGGUACCUAACCUAGACAUCUUCGUCGUUUCCGCGUUUGGAGUGCCGAAACCAUGGCCAACGAUGGCAGUCGAUACGCUGAACUCUCUUUUCGAAAGCUUCCUCUACAAACGAUCAACGGAAUAUGAUUUUGUUCUCGACAGCCUGUGGAAGAAGGACAAGGAGUGGGUGAUUCAGCGGCUGAUUGAGGCACACGCCAUUAAACCAACCGAUCUUCCCUUGAUUUUUGAGCAUGCCUUGAAACACAAGUGGCUCGAUGAGCUUGUAUACCUAUCAAACGGGUUUGGACUCGAUCUCGCAGCGCUUGCUCAUGCCGAGGGUUAUCUUGACUUGGUUAAUUGGGCGCGACUCAACUCCGAGAGAAGCAACGAGAUUGCGCGGUCUUUGCUCCAGUUUUUGCUGAUCAAGGCAAACUUGGAAUUGCAAUUCCAGCGCCCCCCUGAUGGCCAAGCUGCCGUAAAAUCUAGUACCACUCUCCAAGUGAGGACAGUGGCUGCUUUUCUGCAAAUUCUGGAGGACUUUCUCCCCAAGACUCCCUUGCAGGAUCUCAUCAUGGUGCAGCGAUCUUGCAUCACGGUCUACCCUAGAUUGAUCAACUAUGGCGAAGGCUUCGACGAUAUCAUUGACGCCAACGGCAAAGAUGGGAACGCUUUGCCUACCGGGGCCAACAGUAAGAUGGAAGAACAUUACAAGAAGAUGUACGGGGACGAAAUUCAAGUCCGCAACAUCGUCGAGGUCCUGGAUCGGUACAAACAUUCUCGCGAUCCUCUAGAUCAAGACGUGUUCGCAUGCAUGAUCCACGGCCUGUUCGAUGAAUACGCUCAUUAUGUCGAUUAUCCCUUAGAGGCACUCGCAACAACCGCAGUGCUUUUCGGUGGCAUCAUCUCCCACAAGCUUAUCUCGGAUCUCCCGCUCAAGAUUGGUCUUGGCAUGAUUCUUGAGGCUGUCAGAGAUUAUUCCCCAGAGGAUUCGAUGUACAAAUUUGGACUGCAGGCCCUGAUGCAACUGUUUUCUCGCUUCCGGGAAUGGCCCGGCUUCUGUCGACAAUUGCUGCAGAUACCCGGCCUACAAGGUACCGAGGCCUGGAAGAAGGCUGAAGACGUGGUUCGAGACCACGAGGAUGAGCUUGCACGAUCGCGCAACGGCGUUAUGCCUUCAGCUCAUGUCAAUAGCGAGUCUCUUUCGAACGGUAACGUACCCGAAGGCAGACCGACGGAUCGUCAACCGCAGCCCUUCCAGUCUAUCAACGCAUCUGACCGUUCGCCUGGAGUCGAUUGCGAGGAGCCAUCAAGCGAUACACAAGGCAAGAUUCAGUUCGUACUGAACAAUCUUACCGAGACCACCCUUCAAACCAUGUGUCAAGAGUUGCGGGAAAUUCUGGAACAUCGUUAUCAGCAAUGGUUUGCAAGCCAUCUGGUCGAGGAGCGAGCCAAGAUGCAGCCUAAUUAUCACCAAGUCUACCUUGAACUGGUCAAGCUGUUCGAAGACAAGAUUCUGUGGGGAGAGGUUUUGAGAGAGACGUACGUGAGCGUGGCUCGUAUGCUCAACUCGGAGGCCACCAUGCAGAACUCGACCGAACGGUCACACCUCAAGAAUCUUGGAGGCUGGCUUGGUCUUCUCACUCUGGCUCGCGAUAAGCCGAUUAAGCACAAGAACAUUGCCUUCAAACAGCUCUUGAUCGAGGCUCACGACACGAAAAGGCUCAUCGUGGUCAUUCCCUUCGUUUGCAAAGUCAUUCUCCAGGGAGUCAACUCAACCGUAUUUCGGCCACCGAACCCAUGGUUGAUGGAUAUCAUUCACUUGCUCAUCGAGUUAUAUCACCAUGCUGAGCUGAAGCUCAAUCUCAAGUUCGAGAUUGAAGUGUUGUGCAAGGGUCUUAACCUUGACCACAAAAGUAUCGAGCCUUCCGGCGAGAUUCUCAACCGUGCCGCUGUCGAAGAUGCACAAGAGCUGGUUUCCCAAGACACUUUGGAGACGUUUGAAAAUCUUUCCCUGAACGGGAUUUCCACGGGUGUCACAGCUGGCCUCUCUCCUCAGGUCAUUGCUGCAUCAAUCCCAGAUCUUGGCCCGCUCAUUCACAUUCCGCCUACGAACGAAAUGGUGGUAACGGCUACCCGACUGCACGAGAUUGUUCGGACUGCUCUUACGCAGGCUUUGCAAGACAUCAUACAGCCUGUGGUAGAUCGAUCCGUCACGAUUGCUGCCAUUUCCACCCAGCAAAUGAUUCACAAAGAUUUUGCGACUGAGCCUGAUGAGAACAGGGUCAGGACAUCAGCCAUCAGCAUGGUGAAGGCGACUGCCGGAAGUUUGGCGCUGGUGACCUCUAAGGAGCCGUUGAGAGCCAACUUCACAAAUUAUAUGAGGAACUCAUCUAAUGACCUACCGCAAGGGUUACCGGAAGGCACUAUCAUCAUGUGUGUGAACUCAAAUCUUGAUCUGGCGUGCAACAUCAUCGAGAAGCAAGCUGAGGAGAGAGCUGUGCCGGAGAUUGAGGAGAUGAUUGAGCCUGAACUGGAAGCACGCCGUCGUCAUCGCCUUCAGCGCCCUAGUGAGCCAUAUGUGGAUGCCUCUCUCAGUCGAUGGGCGUGGACUAUUCCCAACCCGUUCAAGUUGUCGCCAAGCAUGGGCGGCCUCAACCCUGAACAGAUGGCCAUAUACGAGGACUUCGCCCGCCAGCCUCGGACCACCACUUCCAAUGCUCCAUCUCACGUACCCUCCGCUUCUGAUGCGACUAGAUCGCUUGCCAACGAAGUUCUCCAAGACCAGUUCUCCACAGUACCCAGCCUGGGAGCUACGGCAGAUGCACCAGCCGUUCAACACCUCGGCUCUCAGGUUCAGCAGUACGCCCCCGUUCACAAUGGAGCAAUGCCUACCGCGAGGCCCCAAGCAUUCCAAAUGGACGGCCGCGCUUUGAUUGAACGCGUCCAGAAGCUUCUCAUGGAACUGCAGCGCGUGGCGACCGAAGCGCGCGAGGAACACUUCGCCGACCUCCCGAGGCCACAUCCCGUCCUAGAUGUGGUUGACGCAUUGGUUCAGCAUAUGAUCAAGGCAUCGCAGACUUCAGACGAGUUUGCUGUUUUUGCUGCUGAUCAAAUUAUCCAGCUCAUUUUCAGCCCGAUUGAUGACAACUUAGCCUUGGAAAGCCUGGUCCAUGUUCUGGAGACGUUGCGGAAGAUUUCUGGCCCAACGCUGAACAACCGCGUCACUGCCCACUUCCGCCAACAGUCUGGAGCCACCUUCCUCCAAAUGCCACUUCUCGCUGCACUGCUGCGCACCGACCUCCUCGACUGGAGAAACAUUGAUUUAUCCAUGUCCAAAGCGCUGCAGCAAAGGAAAGAAGGCUCGCUAGACUUCUUGGACCAGAUGGUUGAUCUGACUCUCCUCGGCAGCCGGCCAAUGGCGCUUUAUGGCGACUUUGUUCGGACACUCGAGGCUGCCUGGUCCUGGAUACAGGACGAGCCAGAUUCCGCUAUCGGACAGCGCUUGAAGGCGAAGCUCUCUGGUCAAACACUGCCUCAAACUGCGCAACAGGAGAGCGAAGGCGCACUCCAGCAGGACCAAAUGGAAUAUGUUUUUGACGAAUGGAUCCAUCUUUGCAAUAACCCUGACGGAUCGGAGACCUCGUCCAUCAUGUUCGUGCAGCAGAUGCAAAUCAGAGGUGUUGUCAAGAGCAAGGACGACCUUUUUGUUUUCCUCAGAAUCGCAACAGACAUGUCGGUGGACAGGUUUGAGCACUUCGUCCAUUCGACGGGAACCCUGACGGAUGCCUUCCUCGCUGUGGAUGCCCUCGCAAAGAUGAUUAACAUUUUUAUCAGACUUCAUGGUGAAGCACAGCCUACUCCGACGCCAAGCCGAGCGGUCUACUUGGAUUCUGUCUUGGCCUUUAUCACUCUCGUGCUUAACCAUCACCAUGUGAAGCGCGCGGAUCACUUCAACCAGAGAGUGUUCCAUCGUCUGUUGUCGGUUCUCCUUUACGAAAUCAGCUCUACUGCAGAGCAGCUCCCCGAGUCAGAGAGAUCGGAGCUGUUCCUGAAGUUCGCUGCCAGACUCGCAGACCUCGGACCGAAAUAUCUUCCUGGCUUCGUUUUCGGCUGGCUCUCCCUCCUCCAGCAUCGGGCUUUCUUGCCUGCAGUAAUGAAGGAUCGCUCCGGGUGGGUGGCGUUUACCAGACUCCUGCAAUUGCUCCUGGAACAUAUUGGCGAACAAGUCAAAGCGAUCGAGCCCUCCAAUGUAGCGCGCGAGAUUUAUCGAGCCACCCUCAAGCUACUCGUUAUUCUACAGCACGACUACUCGGACUACCUCGCGGCACACUCACAUCAACUCAUAGCUAGUGUCCCUCCUCACUGCAAGCAGCUUCUCAACGCCAUAUUGACAGCGAACCCAGCAGCCCAUCCUAAGAUGCCGGAUCCUUCGUUUCCCGGUCUGCAAGCUGAUAGAGUAGAUGGUGCCAGGGACUCCCCUGAAUGUCUAGACAACUCUACGUCUAUUCUGCGCGACUUAGGCUUGCUCGAUGUCCUUAACCACGCGCUGCAGAACGGCCCGUCCGAGGAUACAUUAGCACACAUCACGCGAGCCAUUGUCGAAAGCCAGCGACCUGAUACCGGUUUUGGGCAUGUGCCCAUCAAUGCCAAUUUGCGAGUGGUCGAGGCGGUCACUCUUCAUGUCGGCAACUAUGCUGUCCAGCAGUCAACUCAGAAGGGUACGGAUGUCUUCAAUCCAGCCUCAUCAGAUGUGGCCACAAUGUCCAUCUUGCUUCACGAGCUGCCUCCUGAGGCCCGCUACUACCUCAUCACCAGCAUUGCAAACCAAUUGCGGUUCCCCAAUGCCCAUACCAACUACUUCAGCCGUAUCUUACUGGAGAUCUUCGGCCAGGACAUGAAUGACCCUGAGGAGACGGAGAUCAGGCAGCAAAUCACUCGCGUGCUUUGGGAACGCCUGAUCGGCUACUGGCCCCAACCCUGGGGUCUCAUGGUGACAGUUGUUGAGUUGCUCAAGAACGAGAAGUACAUGUUUUUUGAUCUCCCAUUCGUCAAGUCAAACCCAGAGGUCAUUGAACGCUUCCAUGCCAUUUUACAGCGCGCAUAA